AAUAAGCAGUAAAAAACUUUAUUAGCAAAUACAAACACGCCUCCUUGGUCUGUCAUUCCAUUAGCUAUGUUAAAGUCCACAGUUAUAUUUUAACAUGCUCAGUAUAACUGCCGCUUUCUGACACGUUGAAUCAUUGUUAAAGUCAACUCGUGUUAAGUCGCUUCAUUUUCAUUUACCGGUAAGCUAACCAACGGCUAUCGGCCACAUUUCAGCGAAUUUGUAACGUUAGUAGCACGUUAACCACCUCUGUUGGCUUGUACUUAAACUAGCUCGAGAUAUAGAACCGUAAUUGUUUUUCGUGUAUUAUUCACAAAGUGUAUUUAAUAUGGACAAAUCGUGACACGGCUAACGUUACUAGUGAGGCUGUUCAUAGCUAGCUAAAGUAGUCAAGCCCACCUGUACAGCUGUCUAUGGGAAGAUGCUUCUCCGGACGUUGUGGUCCAGACUGGGAGCUCAGCUGCAUGUAGAGAGGAAACCAGUCUCCAGCUGGGCCUCGGCCCAUCUCUCCCAGUCUAUCCAAACACACCAGUAUGAAUCCAAAACCAGGACUUACUCAAACUGGUCUGGCCCAAGGAUCUGUCACUUUAACACUCUUCACCAACAGCAGACGCAUACAAGACAUGUUCUGCCUGCUUUAGUUGGAUUUAAAAGUCUUUGCAGCAAUUUGUUGCGUGACCCUGGGAUGCUGACUAAAUAUGGAAGUGGACAGAAGCGUUUUUAUUCACCCGAUCUUGUGAAGUCAGUGUUAAAACCAAGUUUAAAACCAGCAGCGGUGCCUGGAAAAAGGGUUCCCAAAGGACCGAGAACAAAACAACCUUCUAGAGCCAAUCAACCUUCCCUGAAUGUGGACGAGGAUAUGAUGCAAUGUAUUGCCUUUGCAACAGCAGAUCAGUAUCAUUUGCCAACACUUUGCCACGACUUGGUAAGCCACGGCUUCCAUGAGAUGGAUUUACCAAGAGAUGCCUCAAAUGUGCUGGUGAUAAGCACAGACAUGGCUGCAAAACCAGACGACGAUGCUCUAAUGGUCUUCUUCAGGGAAGGCUCUGUCGUUUUCUGGAAUGUUGAAGAGAAAACGUUGAAAAGGGUGAUGAGAAUAUUGGAACAUCAUGAAAUCCAGCCCUAUGAAGUAGCAUUAGUCCACUGGGAAAAUGAGGAGAUUAACUACACUGUUGGAGAGGGAAACACAAAGCUUGAGCGCGGCAACUUUAUUCUGAGUGACAAGAUGGAUCAACAUGAAGCUGUUCUGGAGAAAUUUGCAUUUUCAAAUGCACUAUGUUUGUCAGUGAAGCUGGCGAUAUGGGAAGUGUUUUUAGACAACUUUGUAGAGUCAAUUCAAACAAUUCCAGAGACGCUUAAGUCUGGCAAAAGAGUUAAGUUGUCCUCUGCAGAGGUUAUGAAGAAGAUAGGCGAGCUUUUCACAUUAAGACACUGUAUAAACCUGAGAUCUGACCUGCUCCUCACACCUGAUUUCUACUGGGACCGAGAAAACCUGGAAAAACUUUACGAUAAGACCUGCCAGUUCCUCAGCAUCAACCGCAGAGUCAAUGUUGUGAACGAGAAGCUGGAACAUUGUACACAGUUGACAGAUCUGAUGAGGAGCCACCUCAGUGAGAAGCACAGCUUGAGGUUGGAGUGGAUGAUAAUCAUCCUCAUUGCUAUUGAGGUUAUGUUUGAACUUGCAAAAAUGAUCUUCUAAUCUGCUGCUCCAACAAUGCACACAUCUUUAAAGGACACUUGGAGCUGUGAAGGAAGAAUGCUGCACUAUGCAAAGGUACUAUGUCAGUGAUAUGUUACAAUGUUUUCUGGAAGCAACUGAAAUCGUGAAGCGGACGUGAAUAUUAUAUGAAUAUAUUUUCUACCAUUUCUUUACUGUUUUGCUGAAUAUCAUGGCUUACGGAUCAGCUGGACUUCAUGCUUUUUGGGAUCACCUGAGCACACAGAAAUAUUUUGUUUGCUGAAUUUAUGUGUUUAACAAGGUUCAUUUAAUUUUAUUAAUUAUUUGCAAAUGUCAAUGAAUUGUUUUCAGUAUGAAAGAUACUGGUGUUUAGAGGAACGCAGAGACUCACUUCAACAUGUGGGAUUCUUGUGACUGAAACACUAGCGGUAGAAAAAAGACAAGACAACAGUAUGCAAUAUUAUACUGUAUUCAAAUUCAUCAAGUUCAAGAACUCCAACUGUGAGUUCUGUGUUAAAAGAUGCAAUAAAGUGUUUUAAAUGUU